CUCCCGGAAGACGCAGCGGCAGACAAACUUACAGCCGGUACCAGACCCUGGAGUUAGAAAAGGAGUUCCUCUUCAACCCGUAUUUGACACGGAAGCGACGGAUUGAGGUCUCUCACGCCCUGGGACUGACCGAGAGACAAGUGAAGAUCUGGUUCCAAAACAGGAGGAUGAAAUGGAAAAAAGAAAACAACAAAGAUAAGCUGCCGGGAGCCAGAGACGAAGAGAAAACGGAAGAAGAAGGGAAUGAGGAAGAGGAAAAAGAAGAGGAGGAAAAAGAAGAAAGCAAGGACUGAGUUCUCAGCCCCUUGAAGUCUCGUUUUAUGGCAGAUGAUAAAUCGAGAUGUUUACGACGGUCAUUUGCUUUUAUAGAGUAUAGAAUGGAGAGGCUCACACAGCAGUAACUACCUGUCAAACAGUUGUAGCCUUUUUUAUUGUCA